UGAACAUUGGCUUAUUAUUUCUUCUGCUUGUUAUGCGUUCCUUCAUGACACUUUAGAGCCUCUUAAAUGUGUGACUUAUACCUCUCUCUCUCUCUUUCUAUAACUCCGAAAAAAAGCAGUGGCCAACGACUACUAUGGAUCCUGAAGUACAGGAUAUCCUCACCCGGUUCAAGCAUUUAAAGUCUACCUCUGCUCGCCGAGCUUUGUACCAUCUUCUCCUGGAGCAGAUGCAUCCUUAUGAAUGGCGUGAUGUGCGUGAUCGCAUGAACCAAGUUUCCUUCCAAAAAGACAUUCUAGGCAGUUUACCUACCGAGGUUGCUGUAAAAAUUUCCAGGCAUCUAGAUUUGUCAGAAAUCCACAUUUUCCGAAGAGUCUCCAAGCGAUGGAAUUUUCUGCUAUCCUCUAGGUUAUUUCGCGAUGCUGUGUGCCAUCGGUAUGUUGGCCACAACUGCAGGUCCAUCGCGCUAGAUUCUCCAGAUGCAUUUACACAAUAUGCCAAGCAGCAUAUUCGUUUGGAGCGCGGGCAACCGAUCUCUAAGGUCCUUAACCGUCCAUAUUCUCCAAUACUAGAUGCGACAGGCUUAGUUAGUCUUGAAUUUUCGCAUGGAAGCUAUGCAUGGAUUGAAGACGCGAUAGUCUAUGUCCAUAACCUCCACUCGAAUACGAUGCAGAGCUUCUGCACAGACAACCGGGAUCCAUUCACUGCACUACGCAUUUCUGAAUCCAUUGUAGCAGCGAUAACACUGCAUGGGUUCUGUCAUGUCUGGAGCCUCCAAACUAACGAUUCGGCGUAUUUCCGGCUGCCAUCGCUACAAUGGAAGUACUUUGUUGUUCGCGGUAUGAACGUCGCCAUAGCAUACAACGGCGCCAUAGCCAGCGGGCCAGACUGUAUUAUACACUGGCAGCUUGACUGCCGCGUUACUCGUACGUUUAAUAUUGCGAACAAAAUAGCAUAUUUAGACGUGGACCCUACUUCAAGUACUUUGAUCACAGUUCACCUCGAGAAAUCCGUGGACCCUGAUACUCUCAUGCACACCCAUUGUUGUCCCGCCAUAUAUGCACAAUUACGUGUCAAUAAAUAUCCAUUCAAGGAUACUGUUGCCGUUCCGUCCCCAUCUUGCACCGUGGCACUAUCCUCAUUUGCAGACCCAGCUGGGCAUGUGGAGAUAGAUGAUGCUUUGUCCUUAGCAUUUGGAAAUGCAAUGGGGAUCUUAACAUCCGAACGAGGUGGUCGUCUAGCAGAAACGCCCGGUGAUAUUGCCGCUAUUACUUACAAUCAAGGAACUGGCAGGGUUAGCGUAAAUGUGGUGUCUGCAGAGAACACGCCAUUCAUCCCUUUAUGCAUGACAUCUGUUGAUAGUAACAUCCUCUACUAUGUCAAGAACGACAAUGGUAAACCGGAGAUCUGGAUUUCCAAUCCAGAUGCCAGAAUCGCCCACCGCCCUGCCAGAUGGAUCAACCCCCAGUUACCUAGGGAGGCGUCAAACAGGGUCUAUUCUCAUGGUACUCAUUUCAUGCUUAGAGGAGAUCGUGACUUCAUUUUAAUGGUUGAUCAGAAUGGACUGAAGGUUUGGUGUUUUAACGAAAACAUGAAUCUAUCAAGCGCAAUUCCAUUAUAAAGAACCUAAAAACACUACAAAACCAACAAGCCUGCUAGAUCGCCGCCGGGCUUUUUGUUUUCCAGACACCCGCUUUGUAUUUGUGCCUCAUAAUAAGACAAAUUAUCCAGUAUUGCAAACGUACAGCCUUGCCUACACGGUUAGUAGUAUAUGUGAAAGAUCCAGAGCUUCCCAAAAACGUCUCCAGCUAAAUGAGUAAUGAAUACAUUAACAAAUGAAAAUAAAUCUGGAAACAGACGAUAUACAGGACUAUCAAUGAAUGCUCUAUAAAAUUCCUCCCAUGACUUUCUCAUGAUUACCUGAUAUCAGUCCUUCACAAGUAGGCCUCCUUAUUACUCAGGUUCAGCAGCCCCAUCUGCCGUGUAGAAAAUUCAGUUAGCAUAGAGACUUAAUGCGCAUGACCGCCGAAUCAUCUUUGAAGGACUGCUUGCUCUCUUCGUAUAAUUGAG